GGAUUAGGGGUUUUACAAAUUAGGGAACAGGGUUUUUCUCUCGGGUCUAAGAUUAAGUAGCCGCUGCUUUACGAAGAAGCAGCAGCAUCAACAUCGCUAUUCUUCUACUUCAAUUCGUUUGUAUUCGGGGUAACCCGUUUGAUUUCGAAUCGGGCUAGUGAGAACCUGAAAUGGCGACCCUCGUUCCUCCUUCACCGGCUACGGCAGCGAGCCACAGAAGGCAGACUACCUAAAUCUGCCUUGCCCUAUUCCCUAUGAAGAAAUACACCGCGAGGCACUCAUGUCCUUGAAGCCAGAACAUUUUGAGGGAAUGCGCUUUGAUUUCACAAAAGGACUCAAUCAGAAAUUCUCACUCAGUCAUAGUGUGAUGAUGGGACCUACAGAAAUUCCUUCUCAGUCCUCUGAAACAAUUAAGAUUCCCACUGCUCAUUAUGAGUUUGGUGCUAACUAUAUUGACCCAAAGUUGAUGCUUUUUGGGCGGGUGUUGACGGACGGGAGGGUAAAUGCAAGACUGAAGUGUGAUUUGACUGACAAUCUUACUUUGAAGGGAAAUGCUCAACUUACAAAUGAACCGCAUAUGUCGCACGGCAUGUUCAAUUUUGAUUAUAAGGGAUCAGAUUACAGGACUCAGUUUCAACUAGGGAAUGGAGCCUUAUUUGGUGCAAGUUACAUCCAGAGUGUGACGCCUAAUUUAUCCUUAGGUGGUGAAGUAUUCUGGGCUGGUCAGCAUCGGAAGUCUGGCAUUGGCUAUGCUGCGCGUUACAACACUGAUAAGAUGGUUGCAACUGGACAAGUUGCUAGCACUGGGAUGGUUGCUUUAAGCUAUGUGCAGAAAGUAUCUGAAAAGGUUUCUCUAGCAUCAGACUUCAUGUAUAACUACAUGUCUAGGGAUGUCACAGCCAGCUUUGGUUAUGAUUAUAUCCUUCGGCAGUGCCGUUUACGAGGCAAGAUUGAUUCCAAUGGCGUCGUGGCUGCUCUCUUGGAAGAGCGAUUUAACAUGGGUCUUAAUUUUCUUCUGUCUGCUGAGAUAGAUCACCAGAAGAAAGAUUACAAGUUCGGGUUUGGGCUGACAGUGGGAGAGUAGGACUGGAAUCAUAUUCGUUCAGUCUCACGAAUUAAGCUGA